AUGGCCGACAGAUACUCGUUUUCCCUCACCACAUUCUCGCCCAGCGGCAAACUCGUCCAGAUAGAAUAUGCUCUCAACGCAGUAAAUCAGGGUGUCACCUCGUUAGGCAUAAAAGCCACAAAUGGCAUCGUUCUCGCGACCGAGAAGAAGUCGUCAUCACCUCUAAUCGAUCCUCCCUCCCUGUCGAAAGUAUCCCUCAUCACGCCCAACAUCGGUAUGGUAUAUAGUGGUAUGGGCCCGGAUUACCGAGUACUUGUGGACAAAGCUCGCAAAGUCUCACACACGAACUACAAGCGCAUCUACAAUGAAUACCCUCCAACACGGAUAUUGGUUCAGGAUGUGGCUCGAGUGAUGCAAGAAGCUACGCAGUCUGGCGGUGUACGGCCCUACGGUGUGAGCUUAUUGAUAGCUGGAUGGGAUGACGGGAUCGAGCCAGAGACUGCAGCUGCAAAAGAGGGAGAGACCGAAGCAGAGGCCAAGCUAGCGAGCAGGAAAACGGGUGGCAUUCUGAAGGGCGGACCCAGUCUUUACCAGGUCGAUCCCAGUGGCAGUUAUUUCCCGUGGAAGGCCACGGCCAUCGGAAAGAGUGCAACAAGUGCAAAGACCUUUUUAGAGAAGCGAUACAAUGAUUCUCUGGAGUUGGAGGAUGCCAUUCACAUCGCGCUUCUAACACUCAAGGAGACCAUCGAGGGAGAAAUGAACGGCGACACGGUGGAGAUCGGUAUUGUGGGCGAGCCUGCAAACCAUCUUCUCGGAUACGAGGGCGUCGAUGGUGCGAUCGGCCCAAGGUUCCGCAAACUCAGCAAAGAGGAGAUAGAAGACUAUCUGACCAACCUGUAA